AUGUCCCAUUCUGGGGAGGUUUGUUUUUUUUUUUGUUUGUUUUGAGUUUCAUUAUUUUGAAAAAGAAAGUUUUUUUUGCAGACGGAGAUUCUGUCGAAAGGCAACGUGAAAGACAUUGUAAAUCGAUUGUCCCGUGAUAUGACUAAUCGAGCGCCUUUCAGCCUCCACGAGCCCAGAAAAGGUUUGCUCUGUUCUGCUUUUCAAGUUAGCGAUAUUCAGAUGUUUGAUUGAUUAGACAACAAAUAUUAUAUACUUCGUAUUUCAGCGAUGCCUUUAUUACUCGUGGGAACUUUUGCCUACACUGCCCAGCAGCCCGAUGAACUCUCUUUCGCCGUCGGCGAAACUAUUGAGGUUUUUUUUUUUGAAAGUUUCUCUCGAAAUUCUUCUGAGUAUUUUGCUCUUUGUCCAAAAAGGUAGUUUCAGUUCUUGGAAGAUAUCGAAGACGGAUGGAGCAGAGGCAGACUCAAGUCGACUGGACAAGUUGGCAUGUACCCGACGAAUUUCGUGGCUCCUAAAGGUAUUUUUGUUCAUUUAUUUUCCAUUUUGUUUUUGUUCUUUGUUCGAUCUUGAAAAAUUAUUAUUGAGCUUUCUUUUUAGUCAGCUUUUGUUGUUCUGUUCUAAAAAAAUCGGUCCAGAAAGUUUUUUUACUUGAAUAUUCUUCUAUUUUCACACAAGGUUUUUCUUUGGAUCUAUGAGGGUAUUAUUUUUGUAAAUUUUUGAAAUUUUUGCUUGAUUUUCAGUUACUAUCCAUGGAUUUUUUUCCGUGUCUAACUUUCAUUUUGAAGGGCGUUUUUUGCAAGAGACUUGAAUUAAUAUACUUAUUUUGUGAUUGAAAUAAAUAUAGUUUUUAAAUGUAGUUAAGCGAAAUACAAAACGAAAGUUUUUUCCAGUUCCCACGAAUGCACCAACGUCUCGUCCAAAGGCCGACGUUGUUCUGCGAAGUGCAGAACCUCGGGCGAACGAUCGCACGCCUUCAGUCGUCGGAGAAGCGGCGCCGACUUCUACCUCCGCCGCCGCAACCUCGCAUUUCGAACCCAGCGUCGAGGCUAACCCCAAGACAAAAGGUAUGAGAGGUUAUCUUAAUAUCAAGGGAUACGAUCGAGUCACUCAGCUACUUGAGUAAAUUGAAUUUCUAAAGGGAGAUUCCUAAAAAAAAAAUUAGUUGCUGGGGUAGGUAUUGCUUACAUAAUUUGAUUAUCUGAGUUCUGGAAAAGUUUUUCCUUCAUAGAGCAGGUAUCAAUUAUUUAAAAUAAUGCUCUUUUUGUCACUUUUUGCAAAUGGCUCCUUUUUAGCUUUUUGAUUUCUAAACCACAUCUCCUAGAUUAGUUUUCAAAAGUCAUACAUUGACGAGAACUAGAGACUUUGCUUUGGCUCAACAAGUGACAAAAAAGAUUUUUAUAGAUUCCGAAUUUCAAUUCUUUUUUGAUAAGAAGCUUCUUAGUUGUUUUUUGUGGCUCAAAAUAAAAAAACCUAGAAUUAAUUCAUUUAAUGAAAACACAGGAUUGAUAUGUCAAACAAUGUUAAAGCGAAAUUAAGCUGCUUUUUUUCCUUCGUUUCAAAAGUUUUCGAUGAAGCUGACAGCCUAAAAAUAGUCCGUUAAGGGAAUUGUGGGAUUUUAUCAUUUUUUUUGCCCGCGAAUUUUAUUUAAAAACUCUCGUUCCUUUCAGAAGUCGCAAAAGCGGCUUGCAAUAAAAAAGAAACAGAAAAACGGCGUUUACUUCGAAACCCUUAUGCACUUUUUUAGGGUCUAUUAAAAGUUUUGGCGAAGUUGAACAUGUUUAUCUGGAUUUUUUUCAGUACGACAAAGAGUUUCGAUUCAUUUCGAAACAUUAGCUUAUUUUCCCUAGAUAACUAAUGUCACAUGGAUUUUUAAAGCCAGUUUUACAAAAACAAAUACUAAUUUUUUUAGUCACUUCAAAACCCUCUGGUCCAUAGUUCCAAAAAUGGAGCUCAGCCGUUACUCAUAGGUUGCGCAAACACUUUCAUGCUUCCGCUUAUUUUCCUACCUUUUCAACAGUUUCGGAGUUCAACAAGUGCAGGGAAUGUGUACCGGUUCUGACUAUGUGAGAACCGAGUUAGUGAUUGAAAAAAACGGGAAAGCGAGAGUUUUUCGAACGUCAAAGAAAGUUCUUUUUUCCCUUUUUAGUGCCGUGGCAGCUUUGGCAACAUGAUAAACGCUUGCCAGUUAAAAGGUUACUUUUAUUUUUUCAAGAGAAAAGUUGAGGAGAUGGGUUAUGUUUUAGUGGUGGAAUGAGUAUGAGCUGAUGAAUCUGAAGAGUAUUUGAAGACAAAUGGAAAAGUUUGAGGGAAGCUUUUUUUUUUUAAGAAAAAUCAACUUUGACGCGAUCAAUUGACAUUUUUCAGAAAUGGCUCGAGUAAAGUUUGUCUACACUCCCCAACAUUCCGACGAGUUGGCGCUGUCCGAAGUGGAUACGCUGAUCACGAUUCUCAGGAAGGAUUGCGGCGAUGCCGGCUGGUUCGAGGGCGAAGUUCACGGCAAAAAAGGCCUUUUCCCUGACAACUUUGUCGAACUUGUACAGGUCCGCCAAUUGAAACUUUUCAUUAGCUUUGAAUAGUUUUUUCAAAAAACUUCGUAGAUUUUUUUCAAUGUAAGGGAUAGCAGUAGUUCAAUUUUUUUUCGAAAGGUUUUGAUAACUUCAAUCAAUUGCUAGGCAAAAAUCGCCAUAAACUUCUUUUUUGUUUGAUAUUAUAAUCGUUGGGUUUCUUAAAAUUGACAAUAGAAUAAAGCUGAGUAGAAUCAGAAAAAAACAAACAGAACCUUUUAGCCUUGCAUGAUACAAGUUUUCUGUUAGGUGCCUGCAAACACGCAUUCCGGGUCUUCGUACUCGACCGUGGUGCACUCUUCGAGGUUCGGAUCGACUUCUUCAGCCUCUUCUAUUCCUUCGAGGCCGCCGCCAACCAAUCCCCCACCUCCGGCCGUUCCAGCCAAACCUUCGAAGAAUAAAGUAAUGAAUUAUCAUAGAAAAAGUCGGAAGGGUCGAAAAAAGCUCCAUAGAAAUUUUUCUCUCAGGGUGAUAAAGGUUCCUUCUUUGCUGUUUUUUUUUUUGCACCAAUUCCUCGGUUUUUAUGCACCAUUCGGACUCUUUGCUGUCUGUCUGCGGCCUUUUUUGAGCCUCUGCCUUUUAGCGGCCAUUACUCACCAUUCCGAAUUUGCCCGAAAUUCGUUUUGGUUUAAUAUUUGAAUACCGCUACUAAAAACCUUUUUGAAUCGACUCAUUUUUUGUGCGACGAUUCAUUCCACACAAUUUAACGUAUUUGCUCUUUCAGAAUACGAAAUCUAAGUUAAAAACAAAGAGAUGGAAUCAAAAACCACGUUCGGAAUCAUACUUUAUGCAUAGAAACGAUUCAGAUUAUGGACACUGGCUCGACGGCUUCUUCCGCCGCUUCGGCCAUUUCUUCUCGGUCUUUUGCUGCUCUCAGAGAUCACAUGGAAAAGGUUUUUUUUUUAGUUUGAAAUAGAAUUUCAUAUUGAAAAAAUGUAAAGUAGUUCAAAAUAAAAAUACAAUAUUUCAUCACAAAGUUGAAACGGAGAUGAAGAGCUUUUCUAAUUGUGUUUGAGUCGAUACAACUCAAUCAAAAAAUAAAGGUUCUUCAAUAAAACAAAAUAAAAAGCUUGAUUUCUAAUUUUUGGCCGUCAUGAAUCAUCACUAAAGAACGUAACGGUGUAUUUUCAAAAAUAUUUUUUUCAAAUCUACCAAGGAAGUUUGCGAAUAAGGCUUCCAGAAAGAAUAAAAUCAGAAAAUAAAAUGAGUCAAUAUUGUUUCUUCGAUUUCUUCCAUCAUUCGAGGGAAAAGUGUGAAUUUGUUUAUUUUGAGACCUAAUGGAUCUAAUGGAUUUGUGGCGAAACAUUUCAUUGUUUACAUUAUUUGGGAUUCGCCUUUUGUUGAUACAUGUGUUUUGCCUCAAACAUUUCAUUCGUCGGCGAAAAUCUCUUCUUUCUUUCUUUCAUGCGAUGCGUAGAUUCCGAUCCCGUUUCCGCGACGUAUUGGUUAGGAACCGUUUUUUUUUCACUAUAAUAAUAUUUUUCAAAUUUGUUUUCACAGAACUUUUUUCGAAAUUACUUAAUUUCAACUUCUCCAGACACGGUUACAUCAUGUUUUAGUGUAAUUUAUAUAUUUUCCUCGCGAUUUCUAUAUAUUGAUACUGAUAAGUUUUGAAAAAGUCUGCCUCUUUUUCUUCAGAUCAAAAAAACGUCAAAAUAGCAUUGAAAAAUAAUGGCGUCACUAGCGAAGGGUAUAGUGAACUACGACUUUAUCAAGUCUUGAGGGAAGCGUUUCAUCAGAAAAAAAAAGUUCAAGAUUUAAACCAAAGGCUGUUUUUAAAAGAAUUUAAAAAAUCAAAUUUUUGCAUGAGAGAGGAUUUAUAGAAGAUAUUCACUUUCACAAAAAACGGAGAUACUCGAGAAAAAAGGACAUUUCAGGGCCUGAAAGUAGUGCCACCAGACCAGGUGUCCUCUCUGCACGGCCGACCGAGCGAUAGAGAAAGCGCCGAAUCUGUGAGGCCGACGAGCACCGUCGAGCCUCCCGGAGUCGAUUGGAACGCUGAAGAUCAGGUUUCCGAGUUCUCACGUCUCAAUUGAAUGUCGUCCUCUUCGCCCCUUUUUCAGUUUCCUCUGUUUUAAUAACUUUUUCGAAGUUUUCUGCUUCAAUUGAUUGUUUUGGUUUCAUGUAUGCGAAUAACAAGUCUUGUCUUUUCAAGGUCUCCCAGCUUCAGCACGUGACCAAGUCUCGAGCAAGGCCUCCGUCGAAGAGGCCUGCGAGCAUGUUGAUGCUCAGGAAAAAGGCGAGUAUUCCGAAAGUUUUAGAGUCACACCAAGCAAUUUUUUUUGUUCACGUAAAGUGAAAAAAACAAGAAAAAAAAAAAUGCAUCUCAUGGUUUCUGAUAUAUUUUUUCUUUGUGCCAGCUACUUUUUUGUUUAUUUUUAAAGUCGUCAUCAAUAUCUUCUAAUAGUGAUCUCUUUCGCCUCAGUUUUGCGCCUAUAUGAAAAUCUAUGAAAAAAGAAAUUCCUACUAUUCGGAAUAGAAUGAAAUCAAAGAGAAAAAAAAAAUUGAAUUUUGCUUCACAUGAAUGAAAAUGUAUUUGUUCUGGAAUUAACCCGUGCAAGUUCAGUCGACAGACAGCGGCCUCGACGAAGUGACUGACGGAGCCUCCCCGCCGGUGACGGCUCCGACCCCUCAGAACAUUUCCGCGUCGAUGUACGUGCCUUCGGUCAACAACAGCUCCUCUGUUGCUCCCGUCACUGCCAACAACAAUAACAGCUUGUCUCAUCUCAAGGUGCUCCUUUGUUAUUAUUUGAAUGCAGUUUGUAUGUUAAAUCACUCUUAAAACGAGGAAAAUCUACGUGCAAAAACUACCUCCGCGUGUUAUUUGUCCAUCUUUUUUGAGAGUUAUAAAAAUUUCGAGUGCAUAUUUGAAAUAGUGAUUCAGACCGCUCAAACAAUCACGACGACGACGAAGCAGGCGCUUCGGCCCAUGGGAAGCAAUACUUCCACCUUUUCCGCCGAGAUUGGUUGGUUUUUUCUCAGAAGAUUAGAAUCUCCCAUGUUUUAUUUCCUAAGUUAAUGCAUCAAUUUUUAGAGACGACACCGCUGAAGCCGACGACGAACCACGUCGUCACGACGACGUCAGAUCAUUCAACCAAUCCGACGUCCUUCGUCGCAGAAUCCGCCAAGACAACGUCUUCUGACUUCGUUUCGCGCGCCGAUUACAACAACCUUCUCGCCAAGUUCACUGCCUUGGAAGCUCGUGUUGCCUUACUGGAAAAGAGCAGCCGGUUUUAAGCCUUUUCACUGUCUUUUUCGCUCUCACCGGUAAUCCAUUUGCAGUUCUGUUCAACUAUUUUGCACUAUGCGAUUAUUCACUUCUUCCUAGUUUCAAUUCCAAAAAUGCUACGUUUCGAUUUUUUUUUUUGUUCCUGAAUUUAUUCAGUCGAUCAAAUCUGAGAUGAUUGGCCAUCUUAUCGUUACGCUUUUAAAAAUUGAUUUUGGUCGUUCUGUCGCAUAGCUAAUUCUUGUAGAUUAAAAUUCAAAGUGGAGUAUUUCCUCAAAACUUCUGGUUUCAAGGUCGCUUUUUUUGUGUUACUUGUCGGAUAGAUGAACAGAAAGCCUUGAAUUUUUCCUAUUCGUUCGCUUUAUCUUCAACUUUUGUGAUUAUCUGAUUAUCAAUCGCUUCCGGUCUUGUGUACCCCCCAUCCUGUGCAAUUUGAAACUCAAAUUCUAUUGAUUUUUCAGGUCGAUUUCAUUUUUUCUUAAUUGCUCCGAGCCAUAUUUCUCCUACUAGGAAAUGCCGCGAAUUAACUCAUCAUUUUACGCUGGUAUCUUAUAUUUCGCCCAUUACAAACUGAUUGAUUGAUUUCGCUUAUUUUCGUUUGUUCUACUCAGCUAAAUAGUAUUAUUGUCACUUCUUUUUUUUGCAUAAAUAUUACUUAUAUAUUGGAUCAAGUGAGUUUUCGUUCUUCGGUAUCGAUCCAAAUUCUCCCGCAAUAUUCGAAAAAAGUUAGAAGUGUGUAAAAUCGCAUUCAUAUUAAAGUUUCGAGCCCACCAUAUUUGGAAAUUCGCCAAAGUAUAGAAAAGGGGAAAGUGUGCGCCAUUGCCAUUCACACUUUUUUUAUUUUUUCUUUUUUCAAAUCGUCAUCAUUCUGCGUGCAAAUCGGUUUUCUGCGAAUUUCGAAACGUGUUCGACUUUUAUUCAUAGAAAAAAAGUUCAAAGCGGUUCCGAUUCUUUCCAUGAUCACUUCUCUUGAAUGAAAAAUUAUUCUAGAAGCAAGUUUUUCUCUUUCACUGGUAUGCUCUCAGGCUUUAUCAUAUCCUAUCAACGUAUUUUUUUGAAAUUUGCUUUGCGAUUGAAAACUGGAUACCCGCAGAAUGUUCAUGGAUUCUUUUUUGUGUUGAACCAUAUCGCUAGGAAAAACUUUCCCGAGAGAUAUCUUUCAAGAUCCUUCUGGACUUCACUCGUGUAGAUUGAUAGAUUUCUUCAUCACGUUUUAGGUUUUAAUGAGAACUUUCUUGUAGAAAUAUGCCGGUUAUCGAGUGCCACGAUAACUCCGAGUUCUCUAGCCUCAUGGCGAGUGCAGGGGGAAAGCCUGUCGUCAUCGACUUCACUGCGACUUGGUUUGAACUUUUUAGAGGAGUCAAAUUCUGUUCUUUUUUGGUUCACACAUUUUUCAGAGGAUUCUAAGGGUGUGAAUUAAAUUUGCACUGAAAAAAUCUUUUUGCAUCGUUUGAUUUCGGAAAGUGUUUCUUUAUUUUUGAAAAUAAAAUUAAGUCUUGAAAAAUAAGAGUUGAAUCUAUGGACCUAAUUAAAAUUUUCAUGAAAAUGAAGUUUUUUUAAUAACAGGAAAUGCGUAGAGUAGUUUAUAGGCUAUUGAGCAGUUCCAACUGGUUAUUGGAGGAUGCCUAAAGUUAAAAUUUUCGUGUCUGAAAGUAUUUCGAGGACGGGCUUUCGCUACUAGGCUUCAGAAAUUUUGUCUAUGCUGUUUCAAACGUUAUAGUGACCAAACUGAUCGAGAUAAGUUACAGUUACUGUUUCUUAGUAAUUAAACGCAAAUACUGUUGAAAUCGUUCUAAAAUAAAGUAUUUUUCGUCUUUAGGUGUGGCCCAUGCAAACAAAUCGCCCCGGUUUUCGACUCCUUGUCGUCGAAAUAUCCUGGAAUGGUGUUCUUGAAGGUCGACGUCGACAAAUGCGAUGGUUUUUUUUCAAUUUUUUUUUCUGUCAUCAUUUUUUCUUUAAGAAAUCGCUGCUUCUCAUGGCGUCUCAGCUAUGCCAACCUUUCAGGUUCAUAUCAAUGGGUAAUAUAAAAACGAACGUUUCGGAUAAAUUGUUCUUUGACUUGAAGGCAAAAAAUGGAGCAAAUGAGUGGAGCGAAUCCGUCGGGUUUGGAGAAAAUGGUUGAGAAAUAUUCGAGCAUUGUCGAAACGUCUCUUGUCAAGGGACAGGUGAGAAUUUUUUUGUUGGAAACUGUUUUUAGAAAUGUUUUUUUAUACCGAAAAAAAUAGCUCUCCACCAUUUUUUUACCCGCAAAUAAAACUUUUGAUAUAUAGAGUUAGAGUUUGAAAGGGUUUUUUUGUGGGGAACCCUUGAAAAAUGCUUUAGUUCUAAAAUCUCGGCUUCGCUUUAGGGAAAGGAGCCUUUUUCUUCGAAAUUGACGGCAAAAAGUUAUUUCGGAAAUUGGACUCUCUUUUUAUCAACAUAUUCAAAUCAUUCUCACAUUUUUCGUUAUGAAAACGCUUUCAAUGUGUGCAGGUAGACCUCGGAAACCUGUACGAUAAGCGACAAAUGGAGUGUCUCAACGGCCUCGACGAGUGUCCCCUUGAGAGCUUCCUUGAAGGUAGCUUUUAAACACCUAGAAAGUUAUCUCAAGUUCUACUUAAAUGAAGGAAACUGCAAAAUGAUCUCGGAUUGCGAUGAACAACUCAUUCUCACGCUGCCUUUCAACCAACCCGUCAAGGUCCAUUCCAUCUAUAUCAAGGUGGACUUUUGAUCAAUCAAAACUUUAUUUCAUUUCAGGAAGGAUGUUAUUCUUAAUAAUCGCUCAUUUUCAGGGAACUGGGCCCAGAUGCCCUAAAGUAGUAAGAAUUUUCACGAACAUGCCGAGGGCCUUGGAUUUCGACAAUGCCUUGGGCGCAGAACCCAUCCAGAUCAUUGAAUUUGGAGAAAAAGCUCAGUCUCGUGAGUUUCAGGGAUUUUCAAAAAAAAAAGGGAGUAAUGCACGAGAAUUUCGGCUGCAGUGGUAGUACGUGUGAUUUAAAAUGAUAAUUUCGAAAAAAACUUUUUUAACUUUGGUGUUUCUUCCGCGAAUAAUCGCUAGAGGUCUUUAAAAUAAUUGUUAAGCAAAUCAAGACUUUUUAAAAAGCAAAAGGAAAAAUAUUUUUUCACCUCGAAAAAAGAAAGAACAAUUUCCAAAUUUUGCAGCUGACGGAGAAGUCAUCGCGCUGAAGUACGUGAAAUUCCAGAACGUUCAGAGCAUCCAUCUGUUCAUUGAGAACAACCAGGGCGACGAGGAGGUUUUUUCGUUCAUUUUUUCUGUUUCUCAUAUGAUCUACUUGAAGGUCACGGAGUUAGAGGAAAUCAAGAUCUUCGGCACUCCAAUCGCCUCUCUGAACAUGAGCGGCUUCAAACGAGUUAGUUUAUCCUUCAAAUUCCCAGUAUGACGAAUUUUUUCAGGUUUCUGGAAAGGCCGGAGAAGCCAGCCACUGA